CUCCGGCUGAGACAGGGUUGGGGUGGUCUGGGGCUGAAAUGCAAUGGGGGCGAAAUUUCAUUCAACCGUCAGAUCGCUGCAAUGAAAAUGAAGAUGGCUGACGGUAAUUCUGCUGUUCUGCGACGAAAUCGUCCUGGAACAAAGGCUGAAGACUGGUGUAAUUGGAGUGAUGAGGCUUUUGAAGAAAUGGAUAGCACCCUCGCCGUACAGCAGUUCAUUCAACAGGCAAUCAGGAAGGAUUUUACAAACAUUGAAGAAAUCCUGACUCCUCCAGAGGGGGUGGAGGAAGGCGUAUGGAAGUAUGAACAUUUACGACAAUUUUGUAUGGAGCUGAACGGCCUCUGUGUUAAAUUACAAACAGAGUGCCACCCUGAGCAGUGUUCACAAAUGACGGCCACGGAGCAGUGGAUAUUUCUAUGUGCAGCACAUAAAACCCCCAAAGAGUGUCCAGCCAUUGAUUACACCAGACACACACUAGACGGAGCAGCGUGUCUACUCAAUAGUAACAAAUAUUUCCCAAGCAGGGUGUGUAUAAAAGAAUCCUCAGUGAACAAGCUUGGCUCAGUCUGCAGAAGAGUUUAUAGGAUAUUUUCUCAUGCCUACUUCCACCACAGAACUCUGUUUGAUGAAUAUGAGAAUGAAACCUACCUGUGUCGAAGAUUCACAAAGUUUGUGACAAAGUACAACCUCAUGUCCAAAGACAAUUUAAUCGUUCCCAUCUUGGAGGACCAGAAUGCGAUAGAUGGCGAAAGUGAAGCAUGAACUGAAAAAUAGUCUGGAUGUUUAGGAGAAUGUUCUUUAAAUCAAAUUUAUACAGUUAGUUGCAAUUUAUUUUCAUGGACUUGCUUAAGUUAUGGGCAGUUUGAGAGAGGGCUAUUUUGGCUGUUCUCUUUUAAUUAGUGUUCUUCGAGCAUCUGAAGUCAGCAAAAAAAUUUUUCAUAAUAUUGGACAUUGUCAGAACCCACGGCUUUUCUCUCCAUUGUAUUAAACUGCAUUCAAAGGAGUGUAAAGGAGAGAAAACUUGUUGGUUACGACAAUAAAUUGUAAAAGAAUUUAAAUGACCAUCAACUUACAUGUAGAGUCACCUUAUUACUGUAGACUCCUAAUCAAACGCAAGGAAUUAAUUUCAGCAUAAAAUCAUGAGAAGCAACCCUCACAGAUAUUAAAAUCUCUAUUUUAUGUUUCAGACGGUUUUGAACUAUGGGAAAUAAUAACAAAAAAUUGGUGAUCACUAUUUUAUAUUGUCGCGCUUUGAUACAAAACAGCGGAAUUAAAUACUUGCGUAAAAUAAGGAAUUUACAGUACUGCAUUAAUUAAUCAACAUUAUGAUUGUUCAUGUAUAAACAGUAUUUCUCCAGGAGUGGUUAAGAACAUAUGCAUUUUUAAACAUAUUUGUAAUAGAGGUUGAAAUAUUUAAUAUCUGUAGUAUGAUGUACAUGUAAUGACAAAUGUAUUAAUAUUUGAUAUACCGGUAUAGUGUGUACUUAUAUGUGCCAUCUGCAGUUACUGUAGUGAGAAUCUGAUUAAGUUACCAAAUCAAAUAGAAAGAAUUGGGUGUGAAAAUACAUGAACAUUUAAAUUAGAUAGUUAUAACGAGCCAGGUACAGUACUCUUAUUGUCAAAACUCUAUAUGUAUAUAGAUUAGCAACCAUCAUUGCCAGGAAUAAAAGGUAUUUAUAAAAUCAUGUACAUGCAAUAUCAUAUAUAAAUAAAGAGUUUUGUUUUGUAUGUAGACAUAAACAAAAUGACUGUCAUUUUAAGAGCAGAUUUUGAAUGAAAUGUGAAAACUUUAAACACUUUACAUCUUUUAUUUACUCAACGUGUCCAAUACUGGUAGUAUUACACAUUUAUCUGCCUGACAACUCAAUUAAUCCAUCAUUCAGUGUUAUUCAAGAUUUGUAAUACACAUGUACGUUUGUUUUAUUACUUGUCAGGAAGAAUGAUAAUCAUUGGGGCAUAUGUAGUAAAUAAUGGAUUACAGUAGAAUAUUAAUGUUUAACUUGUAUUCAUAAAUACAAGAAAGUAUUGAUUAUUGAAAAAAUCUCUUUUGAUAUUUCAGUUGACCAAGCUAGGACAACUUUCUAUGUGUAACAAUGCACAGGAAAUUGUGUACAAUGCAUGCACACAGAAUUAUCAUAUCAUAAUUUUUUUGUUUCUUUUAUUUAUAGUGUUCAUUUUUAACGGACUGUUAUACCCACAUCAUGGGAGUUGUAAAGAACUAAAUCAGCUAUAUAAUUAUAUGUAUUUCACAUAAGAUGUACAGUGUAUUUAUCAAUAUCCUGAAAUAAAAAUGGAUAAAACUGA